AUGCAGGUAAAAAUAGAAAGCUUGUUAAAUUGUUUAUGAUAAACGAUACCUUUAAGUGUCAGGUUUCAACAGAUGAAUCAGCAGGACAAACAGGUUUAAGACCCACCCUUUAAAUAGCCCAGGUGAAAUCAAACAGGAAGCACUUUGUGACCAGAGUGACACACUGUCAGAUUCCUCUGAGCGACUCCAAAUGCAGGAGAGAGAGAAAACAAUGGAAAAUUCCAGCUUUUCUGCUCUGAGCUGUUCAAACUCCACACACUGACGCUUCGGUAGAUGACUAAAUGGCUUACAGGUCAAAGGAGGAGGCUCUGUGCAGUCUGCAUUCUGAGAAACUCAAACUCUUCUGUCUGUACCACGAGCAGCCAGUGUGUCACAUCUGCAGAGACUCGGCGAGGCACACCAACCACCGGGUCAGGCCCAUCGAGGAAGCGGCGCGGAGGAAACGGAGGGAACUGCGGGAAAAUCUGGAACCCAUAAAGAAGACACUGACGCUCGGGAAGAAAACUAAAGACGAGUUUGAUCGGACGGCAGAACAUAUUAAGUUCCAGGCCAGGCACACGGAGAGGCGGAUUAAGGAGCAGUUCAAGAAGCUUCGACGGUUUCUUGCAGAGGAAGAGGAGGACAGGCUGGCAGCACUGAGGGAGGAAGAGGAGCAGAAGAGUGGAAUGAUGAAAAGGAAGAUAGAGACUCUGAGCAGAGAGAUAGCCGCACUUUCGGACAUGGUCAGACACACAGAAGAGGAGCUGGAAGCAGAAGACAUCCUUUUCCUUUGCAACUACAGGGCAGCGGCAGACAGAGUGAAGCGCUGCCCCCUACUGGAGGUUCCACAGCUGCCCUCAGGAGCUCUGAUAGACCAGGCCAAACACCGGGGCAACCUGGCCUUCAGCAUCUGGAGCAACAUGAGGGACAUUGUCUCCUACACGCCUCUCGUCCUGGACCCAAACACUGCUGAUGUAGACGUCAACCUGUCUAAGGACCUGACCAGCCUGAGAUUGGGAGACGAGCAGGAUCUUCCUGACAACCCAGAGAGGUUCGAUGGCUGGUCGUCCGUCCUGAGUUCCAAGGCCUUCGACUCGGGGAGUCACAGCUGGGAUGUCGACGUUGGAGACAGCUCGUUCUGGACCCUCGGUGUGUUAGCGGAGUCGGUUCAGAGGAAAAGAGAGACCCGGUCUGGCCUUUUCGUGAUGGGGUUAUUUGAAGGCGAAUACAAAGCACGGUCGCCGCCGGCUCCUCCCACUACGCUCCCAGUACAGAAGACGCUCCGCAGGAUAAGAGUGAAUCUGGACUGGGACAAAGGCAGGCUGUCGUUCUCUGAUCUGGACACUUCCACACACAUGCACACGCUUACGCACACUUUCACCGAGAGGAUGUUUCCGUUCUUUAUCUCGACUGAAAUCAGAAUCCUACCGAUGAAGAUUUCUGUCAUAAAGCAGAAAUUAGACACCGUAUUACAAAAAAAUCCCUAAUGAAACAGGUUUGAAAAAAAAUGAUGCUGCCUGUUACUUAACAUAUUGUUGCACAACCUUUUGAGGCAUCUGUCCACAGGUAUCUUGGCCCACUCCCACUGCUCCAGUUGCCUCAGAUGUUCAGUAGGAUUUAGAUCAGGACUCAUAGAGGGCCAGUUCAGAAUAACUCAAUGUUUUGAAGUUCUUGAGUGUUUUCAGCUGUGCAUUUUGGUCAUUAUCCUGUUGGAAGACCACAUGACCUGAGACUGAGACCAAGCACAUUUCUCUCCAGAGUUCUUCCAUAGUCUUGAGAUUUGCAUCGUACCCUGCACAGAUUCAAUACACUCUGUGCCAGACGCAGCAAAGCAGCUUCAGAACAUCAUCACAGAAGCUUCCUGGCUUGUCGAUACGAACUGGGGCGAAUUCCAGUAUCGCUUUUUUAUAAUUAGCUCUGAACAGUGGCGUCCUCCUUGGUCGUCAUCCAUGAAGUCCACUUUGGAUGAUAAAAUGACAAAUUGCUUGUCCUGACACCGAUGUACCUUGAUCUUCAAGUUUAGCAUUAAAUUAUUUGUUCUGUG